AUGGAAACGCAGCACUCCCAGGGAUUUAAGAGAAAGAAGCUGACGCCCAAAUCUGUGAGGAAUGUUCCGGCACGCUCCAGAGGAGCUCAGUACAGCUAUGCCUCUCUCUCUCCUCACUACGCCACACGGAAAAACACACUCUGUAACACUGCCAUGCCGCCAGAGGAAAUGGUCAAGGAUCAAAAGAAUACACUGAUAAAACAAGGAAACCAGCCAGAUGGAGGGCAGAUGAAUUGGAAUAUCGAAAGACGGAGUUUGCCGGGACAUUCUGACUGUGACACCAUUCAAAUCGUCUUUCAUUUUGAUGAUGGAAUCCAGUCGGACAAGCAUCCUCACCCAGGACACAGCUACAAGGGCACUGAAUUUGUGGCCUACCUGCCUCAGAACACCACAGGGACCAAGAUCCUCCGGCUACUGGAGCAGGCCUUCGAACACAAGCUGCUGUUCACUGUGGCGGUCAAUAGCAGCGGUGAAUACUGUGUGAUGCCUGCAGAUAUACCCCUCAAGACUCUGGACAGCGGGGGACCUGGAAGAUUGGGCUAUCCAGAUCCAACGUACUUGAAAUCAGUGAAGAAAAGUCUCAAGGUCAAAGGGAUCAAAUGA